AUGGAAAUAAAGAAAGCCAUUGAGGAGGUUUUGCAACAUUCCCCAGGAUACGGCCAACAAAAAACACCCCAAAUCGAAAAAAAUCCAUCAACUUUUUCAAGUAUGGAGAAAAAUUCUUUUUUCAUGCCACCCUCUGAGGUGAUAAAUACAGCAUACGAUGACAGCCCUAUGGAAUCAGAAGACAAUCCCAGCAGUGCAGAAAACACUCUAGUGCGAGCAACGCUAGCGAAAGUGCGAGCAACUGAAACCGCCCUUAAAAAUUUCGAGUCCGCGUAUAAAACCCUACCGUUGCCUAGUUCGGUUACGGCAAGAGUUUUAAACUUCGAGACGAACUCUCAAACUCCGACCUCCAGUGAAGAGGAGAGUCAAACAAAGACAACAAAACCACCCCUACGGCAAAGCAUAUUUACGCUACCAUCUCCUAUAAAGAAGGCUUCACCGCCACAAACACUACUUCCUAAGAGGAAAAAUACCUCACCUCCAGAAAUUUUAGAGGCGGAAAACGACGGGGAAGACGAGUCAGACAAAGACAACACAGAAUUUCAGAUGCCACGAAAAUAUAAAAAAUUCAAAACCAACUUUGUGAAACUCCUGGAACGUAAAGCAGCAGCAUCAAUACCACUAGCUAACAAGUAUGACUCACUUAGUGAAAGUGAAGCAGAACCCGAACAAAACACUGCAACAACCUCCACAACUAAAGGUAAAGCCACCCCUAACUUACCAAUCAAGAGCAGUACCACGGAAAGCGGCACGACAACUGACAAAACAGACCCGAAAACAAACAAAAAGUCCUCCAUCCCCCCUAUAGUGGUAGAUGGCCGUACAGAUAAUCACGCAACCCUAACCAGUGAUUUAAAAGCCAUAAUAAAAGGGAAGUACUCAGUAAAAUACACAAAUUCCACCACUGUUAUUUUCACUGAGGAACAAGAAGACUACGAAUUAGGUAGUAUAAAACAGGCUGAAAUACCCCACCACACAUAUACAAAUAAAGCAGAUAAAACUCACGCCUUUGUACUUAGGGGUUUAGGGAACGGGACUGAAAAGGAGGCUAUAGAGGAAGACUUGAUUGCCUCGUAUGAAAUCAAACCAAGAGAUAUUUUCAAAAUGACCACUAAACAUCGGCCACUAUUUUUAGCGGUCACUGACCCAGUCAUCACACUCGACUACCUUAACAAAAACAUGGUGGUGGUAGAUACUGAUGAGACUAGCCUAGCCGAGCCUCUACUCAACAGUAGAGCCUGGCCUGAUGAAAUGACACACAAAAGUAUUUGUUUAAAAGAAAAAAUGUAUUUAAAAACUUUGCAAUUAUUUUUCUUAUACUCUUAA